CAUCGCUUACAUUCUCUAUAAAACAGAGUAUAGUCUAUACCAAAAACUAUACAUAAUUAGCAUUUAAGCACUUAGUGUCUCUUAGAUAUGGCUUCAAAGACUAUAGCAUCAACUGCCCUUCUUCUCUCCCUCAACAUUCUCUUCUUCACUUUGGUCAGCUCCACCUAUGUGCCUUGCCCACCAACACCAAAGAGCCCCGAGCCUCCUCACAAGACCCCACCCUCACCCAAGCCCGCCUCUUGCCCUAAGGAUACUCUAAAACUGGGUGGUUGUGCUGACUUGUUGAAUUUGAUGCACGCUGUUGUUGGUAACCCAGCAAAGACCCCAUGCUGCUCUCUCCUUGCGGGUUUGGCUGAUGCAGAAGCUACUGAUUGCCUCUGCACUACCCUCAAGGCCAGCGUCUUGGGCGCUAACCUUAAUAUUCCCGUUUCAUUGUCCUUGCUGCUCAAUUACUGUGGAAAAAACAUCCCUGCUGGCUACCAGUGCGCUUAAACUCCUCCUGCUUACUUUUAAUCACUCUCUUUGUAUUAGUAAUGUUUGGUCAUUUUAAUAAUCUUUUCAUGGUAUGUUUGGACUUUUGCUAGUAUGUUUAUGGGCGUGUACUCAUUCACUAAGUGUUACUACCAUAUUUAUUUUAAAGAAGGCAGGCUUCUCACCUUCUAGUCCUUAA